UACUCCCACAAGCCAAAUAGUAGCAAUAAAAGCAAUAAACAUGUCAUCAUUAAAAACUGAUUAUGCCUAAAAAAUGUUAUAAUCGGAAAUAAAAAUAAUGAAAAAAUUAAACCAUCCGCACGUAGUACGUUUAUUAGACGUUUUUUAGACCAAAAAUAAUACAUAUAUAAUAACCGAAUAUUGUAAUUAAAGUGAUUUAAGAUAAUUAUUAAAAAAAAAACGUUUUUUUACUAGAAAAAGAGUCUAUAGUGAUUAUUUCUUAAAUAAUGAGUGGUUUAUAAGAACUUGCAAAUAAUUAAAUUAUACAUAGAGAUUUAAAACCGGCUAAUAUAUUGAUGAAUAAUUAGAUUUUUAAGAUCACGGAUUUCGGAUUUGCUAAAAAAUUAACGAAUAUAGAAGACUAAUUAAUGGAGUCUUUAGUAGGAACACCACUUUAUAUGUCACCACAAAUUCUUAAUAAGUAGUAGUAUACAUCCAAAUGUGAUGUAUGGAGUUUAGGGUUAAUUCUUUAUGAACUUCUUUUUGGAAAAACACCUUGGUAAGCAACAAAUUUGGUAGAUUUAAUAUAAAAAUUGUCAACUUAAGCAUUAUAUUUUCCUCAAGAAAUAUCUAUAUCUAGUUAGAUGUAAGCUUUUAUUAAAAAAUGCUUAAUGUUAUAAGAAAACGAGAGACUUUCGAUUAAUGAAAUGUUUAAAAAUAUGCUGUUUGAAAGCUAUAAUGUUUAAUUAGAUAAAUUAAUACAAAAAAGAAAAAGCGAUAUAGAAUAAAUAAUUUAAGAAAGAAAAAAAAAUGUAUAAGAGGAAAAUUAAAAUAGUCCAAAAAAUAGAUCAAAAUCAAUUUUAUAAAAAGAAUAAAAAUAUAACGAUAAAGAGUAUUUUAGAUCAAAAACUCCAAUUUAUAAUAGAAAAAAAGAAGGAGAAGAAAUAUCACAUGUCUAAUUAAAUACAGAAGGAAGAUGUUUAUCAUAAAAUUAAAUUAAAAAUAGUGAAUUUUAAUAAUAGCAAAAAAAUAUUGAUAAUAUAAAUAAUUAUUUAUUUUAUUUAUAAAAAUAAUUAAAUUAAAAUGAUUAAGAAAUAUAAUAACAACAACAAUAAUAAAUAUAGUAAUAACAAUAAUAAUAAUAAAUAUAAUAAUAAUAAUAAUAAUAAUAAUAAUAAUAAUAAUAAUAAUAAUAAUAAUAAUAAUAGUAUUUAUUAAAAUUCGAAAAUGAAUUUAAACUUGAAAAGCUUAUUUUUUUAAUAAAUAAUCAUAUGCUGA